CCUCCACGCCAUCCUCCGGCAGCUGGAUAUCCGGGAGCUGAAGACCCGCUGGAGGGACACUGCUCCCGGGGAGGGCCGGCCCGAUGCUCUGGUGUGUGUCAGAGAGGAGGAAGAGGAGGAGGAGGAGGAGGAGCCAGCUGGAGCGGGAGGUUCAGCCCGGUAUGGAGCUGCAGGAGCGGAUACCUUCCUCCUCAUCCCCGACCUCCUCCUCCUCCUCCUCCGGCCCCGCGGCGGGCGGCAGGUGGAGCCUCCGCUCCCGCAUCCAGAGCUGCGAGGACGACGUGUCCAAGGCCAUGAAGCUCAUCCAGGAGCUCCACAACCAAAGAGACCAUCUGAAGGAAGAGAUGAAGGAGCUCCACCACCAACACAAGAUGGUCGGCGCUCCAACAGAGCCGGUCACAGAUGUGGAGCAGUGCUGCCGCCGUGUGGACGCCCUGGAGGAAGCUGUGAGCUCUCUGAGGGACACGUUCCAGAAGUAUCCGGACCCGGAGGAGCUGAGUCAGUGUGUGAGCUGGGACGUGAUGCAGUCGACUCUGCUCAGUGAGAGAGAAAACCUUCAGAAGGAGCUCGUGAAUUCAGGCGUUGUUGAUCCAGCCACAGUGGACAAACCCACGCUCACAUCCUUGAACCUCAACAUCACUGCCGUAAAAACUGCACCUUCUCAUACCAGCGCGUCCUCCUCCCCCCCCGACCCUGGCGAGGUUACCAGCGAUACAGCAGCUCCCGGUUCUCCAUCGGUUUCUGGACAGAUCUCACCUCCCCAGGAAGCGACGGACACCCUGCCGGGUGCCCCAGAGGCUUCUUCAGUCCCAUCAGAGCCUAAAACAAGACCGGCUGCUGGCGUGUCCCGGAAGGCCAGCGGCUCAGGGCGCUACCAGGAGACGGUGGAGGCCCUGAGGAACAUCGGCAAACUGAAGGAGAGGUUCAACAAGCUGGAAGCUCGCGUUGUGGCGCUGGAAACAGAAAAUCUGGACAAGUCAGAGCUGACACACCUCAGAGAACUCAUCGCUAACAAAGGUUCACAGGACGCGUCGAAUAACCUGAUGGAUCAACUGAACCAGCAGAGAGCUUUAAUAGACGGCCUAAUGAGUGACAGAGAAAAGCUGGACGACCUGCGGGGCACGUUGGAGGAAAUGAUGCUGUCCUUGACCUCUGAGCUGUCCUGCAGCCUCGAGGACGAUGAGAGCGACGGCCAGGAGCUCGGUCAGAGUACAGAGAAAUCCACUUUCACCAGCAGCACAGUGAACGUUGGCAGGAAGCUCAGCCGUCUGUUCCAGCACUACGAGCUGCUGCAGGAAGCCGUGAACAGCCUGCUCCAGCAGCAGACUGCAGGCAGAGCAGGGCCGCUGAAGGACGUAGAGAGCGUGGAGCUGGUGGACGACGUGCAGAAGGCGAUCCUGCAGCUUCAAGCAGAGUGUGAAAGACUGCAUGAAACCACCCAGUGUCUGCACGAGGACAACAGGCAGAAACAGAGCCACAUAGAGGAACUGUACAAGACGACAGAGGAGCUGGAGGAGAAGAAGGCCGACAAGCAGAUGGUUGAGAGUGAAAUAAAAGCAGAUAAAUCCGCUCUGGACAGCAAAGUGAGCCGUCUGCAGUUCGACUCUGUGACGGAGCAGCUCAACGCCAUGUUCCACGAGCUGCUCAACAAGGUGACGGGCCAGGAGCAAGACUGGCAGAAGGUCAUCGACAGACUGUCCACGGAGAUGGAGUGUAAGUUGAACAGGAUCGAGUUGGACUCUGUGAAGAAGCAGCUGGAAGGUCGCUGGAAGAAUAUCCACGAGAAGCUGCAGGCCCAGGGACCUCCGGAGCACGACGACGCUGCUGGGUUGAGGAAACAACUCGUGGACAGAUUUCACUGCCUCUCCUGCGACCGACCUGUCGUCAAGUACACGCCCGGACCUAACAGUAAUUUGGUGAGGCUUCCUUCCACUCCUGGGUUCCCCGCACACAAGUCCAUCAGGCCGUUCACUGUUUACGCUCUGGAGCAGUUUCGACAGCACUACAGGAGCGAGCGUAUCUCUGAGCUGACCGACUACAGUCACCUGACCGUGUUGCGGAGCUGCGGCGGGAGUCACACGGUCACCUCGGCCAACCAGCGACGCACCGGCCUGCAGUCCACGAAGCACCACCCCCCCCAGACUGAGGUGGACGCUGUGAUUCAGUCGCAGGAGAUCGAUAUCGUCGGGAUGGACGGGCAUAUUUACAAAGGUCGCCUGAACGCACCUGCCAACAGAAGUACAGAAACUAAACUACCUACAAUCGCUACCAAAGACGGCAAAACUAAAGACAAAGCCAAGUGCUCCCACAAACCCGCUGUUUCUCCGGAGGCGGGACACGGCGCUCCGCUUCAUCUCCCCCACAGUGCCAAGAGCGCCCAGUGCAGCCGCUCAGCCUCCAGCAGCUCGGGUCGGGACUGGCCCGUGUCGGCUCUGGGCUGUACGUCUCAGAGCUCCCUCACUCCGGCUUCAGCCGCAGCAGAGAGCACCGCGGAGCCUCGGGCUGACGAGCCGGUCAGCCUGUAGGGGGCGACACUGCGCCCGCUACUGUUUUUAAAUCUGUUAAUUAACUCCUGCAGAGAGAAGGUAACCUGCUUCCAUCGGUUUAUUUUAACCUUUAACUCACUACGUGUCCCAUAAAUCACCUGUCAAACUCUGAGUCCAGUACUGGUUUGUUUUUUUUUACUUUGGGUUUUCUGUGAUCAGCCGCUUUAAAUAUUGUUAUUAUUAAUAAUAAUUAAUAAACUUUUAGUGUACAUUUCAUCA